AUGGCCAACAUCUCCACGGUGACCAAAUUCCUCCUCCUGGGGUUCUCCGAUGCCCGAGAGCUGCAGCUGGUCCACGCCGUGCUGUUCCUCCUUGUCUAUGUGGCGGCCUUGUUGGGGAAUCUCCUCAUUAUCACUAUCACAACCCUGGACCACCACCUUCACACGCCCAUGUACUUCUUCCUUAAGAACUUGUCUUUCAAUGACUUGUGUCUUAUCUCCAUCACCAUCCCCAAAUCCAUCGCCGUCUCCCUGACUAAUAACAAUUCCAUUUCUUUCCUGGGCUGUGCUUCUCAACUCUUCCUAGUGGUCUUGUUUGCCGCUUCAGAGUUUUUUGUCCUAACUGCAAUGUCUUAUGACUGCUAUGCCGCCAUCUGCUCCCCCCUGCGUUAUGAGCUCAUCAUGAACAAAACAGUUUGUAUGUGCAUGGUAGCAGCAUCAUGGCUCAUUGGGGGUCUGUUUGGAGUCUUGCUUUCAGCUUCUACCUUCUCACUGACUUUUUGUGGGUCCAAUACUGUGGAGCAGUUCUUCUGUGACGUCCCCCCUCUGCUGAAGAUCUCCUGCUCUGAAGUCCACAUUGCCAUUGAUGUGAGUGUGGCUGCUGGGUUUAUCUUGUCUGCUGCCUGCUUCAUUUACAUCAUCCUCUCCUACAUCUUCAUCUUCUCAGCCGUGCUGAGGAUGCCGUCUUCUGAGGGCCGAACCAAAGCUUUCUCCACCUGCCUGCCCCAUCUCACUGUCAUCAUCAUUUUUCUCUUUACCGGAGCAUUUGUCUAUCUCAAACCUUCAGACUCGCCCUCGGCUCUGGAUCUGCUGGUUUCCAUGUUCUACACUGUGGUGCCCCCCACUGUGAACCCCCUUAUCUACAGCCUGAGGAACAGGGACCUGAAGGCUGCCCUGGGCAGGAUCCUAAAGGGGACAUUGCCCCAGUAUCGAUUCUGGGACAAAAUGUCUCUGUCCAUGUACCAAUAA